AUGAUCUGCUUUUCAGCAUCGUCAACUAGGUCUCAAGACUUUUUCUCUGAAAAUUAUGUCCUGGUACUUACCGUCGCAUCCAACGAGACGGAUGGCUUCCAAAGAUACCUGAGGUCGGUCGAGGUCUACGGUCUUCGCGAUAACUUGAAGAUUCUCGGGCUAGGCGAGCCAUGGAGAGGUGGUAUCAACAUGAAUUAUCCCGGCGGUGGAUAUAAAAUUAAUCUUCUCAAAAAAGCCUUAGAGGAUUAUCGGAACGAUGAGAAAAAAAUCGUCUUAUUCACCGAUAGUUACGAUGUAAUAUUUCUUGGCGGUUUGUCUGCCAUCGUCGAGCGAUUCCUGGAUAUUGAUGCUCGAGUCUUAUUCUCCGCGGAAGCUUAUUGCUGGCCGGAUAGAUCGUUGGCGCUUCAAUAUCCGUCCGUAUCUCGGGGUAAACGGUACCUGAACUCCGGAGGUUUCAUCGGAUACGUGUCUGAUGUGUACGAGAUCCUGGACAAGGCGUUGAUCAAAGAUGAGGACGAUGAUCAGUUGUUUUAUACGACCAUCUACCUACAGGACGCGCUUAGGAUGCGACAUAAGAUCAAGCUGGAUCACAAAUCCGAGAUAUUCCAAAAUCUCAAUGGUGCGGUAGCCGAUGUGGAGCUCAGGUUCAAAGGAGAAGAGGCUUAUCUUCAAAACAUUGUUUACAACACGGUGCCCUUAAUACUCCACGGCAACGGGCCUAACAAGCUGGUUUUAAAUUCCUUGGGCAAUUAUCUGGCUCAUGCCUGGACACCGAAAGAGGGAUGUUUGGCUUGCUGGGACCGAACCAUCGAACUCAACAAAAACUCGACGGAAACAUAUCCGAUUAUUUUAAUAGCCAUAUUCAUCGAACAACCUACGCCAUUCUUGGAAGAAUUCUUUCAAGCUAUCUAUCGUCAAGCCUAUCCAAAAUCGAGACUGCAUCUGCUCGUUCACAACAAUGUGCCUUAUCACCAAAGCGUGGUCUCUGACUUCUUCGAGAGAGUUAGCCGAGAAUAUCUGAGCGCGAAACAAAUAUCUAUAUUGCCGAAAGACGUAAUCAGCGAAAUUGACGCGAGAAAAUUAGCGUUGGAGCAUUGCUUGUUGAAGGAGUGUUCCGGAUAUUUGUCAGUUGACGCGGUCGCGCACUUGGACAAUGAGCACACGUUGAAGUUACUGGUGGAGCAGCAGAGAGGGAUCGUCGCACCCUUACUUAUUCGACCAAAUACGUUAUGGAGCAACUUUUGGGGCGCUGUAACGAAUGACGGAUUUUACGCGCGGAGCUUCGAUUACAUGGAGAUAAUAAAGAACGUACGCAGGGGACUGUGGAACGUGCCGUUCGUCAGUAGCUGUUACUUGAUCAACGCAACCAUUAUAGCAAACAAGGCGACUCGACCGUCCUACGAGGAUGUCGAUCUGGAUACGGAAUUGGCCUUCGCCCAGGGAAACCGACAAAAGGGCCUGUUCAUGUACCUCAACAACAGACUCGAAUUCGGCCACCUCGUCAAUCCUACUACCUACGACAUUCAGCUUACCUACCCGGAUAUGUACCAAAUUAUGGACAACAAGCUGGACUGGGAGAGAAGAUAUAUUCAUCCGAAUUACAGCGAGAACUUUAAUCCCGAUAAAAAACCAAUACAGCCGUGUCCCGAUGUUUAUUGGUUCCCCAUCUCUACUCUCAGAUUCACUAAUGAACUUAUUGGGAUCGUCGAGACUUACGGACAAUGGUCUGAUGGGUCUAAUCACGACCCACGCUUGACGGGUGGUUACGAAAGCGUACCGACCCGUGAUAUUCAUAUGAAUCAAGUUCAAUACGAACAACAGUGGUUGUACUUUUUGAAAGAAUAUGUUAGACCGUUGCAGGAGCUCGUCUUCAUCGGCUACUAUCAUGAUGAUUCUCGACUGGAGUCCGGAUACGAAGCGGUACCGACUCGUGAUAUUCACAUGAACCAAGUCGGCCUCGAGGACGCCUGGUUGAAAUUUCUCAAAGAUUACAUCAGUCCCUUGCAACAGCAUGUCUUUACAGGAUAUGAGGAUUACCCACCACGGUCGCUUAUGAAUUUCGUCGUAAGAUACCGCCCGGACGAGCAACCACUCUUGCGGCCACAUCACGAUUCCUCGACCUAUACCAUCAACAUUGCCCUGAAUCAGGCGGGUGUAGACUACGAGGGCGGUGGAUGCAAGUUUAUCCGAUACAACUGCUCCGUCACCGACACGAAGCCGGGCUGGAUGCUGAUGCAUCCUGGAAGAUUGACACACUAUCACGAGGGACUGCGAGUGACCGCGGGCACGCGUUACAUUAUGAUCUCCUUCGUGGAUCCGUGAUGCAACUCAUCGUGAGACAAAUCUGCAAAUUAUCUAACUGCCAAUGUAUAAAAAAUACAUGUUAAGAAUAUAAAAAAAGAAGAAAAAGCGCGAACUA